AUGCCUCCUAGGAAGAAACGUGCAGGAGCUCGGGGACCCGCGAAGAAACAACGGAUAUCCAGUCCUUCCUCUACCGACGUGGUAGCUCCUUCCUCUCCCCCACCCGAUGGCUCCGAGGUUGCCCAAGUAUCGCACGAUGACGAUCUCAGGCUCUCAGAACUCUCCGAAAGCGACUCAGGUAGCGAUCUGGGCGGUUUCAUCGUCCCGGACCCCGUUGAGAGUGGCGAUGAAGGACGCUCGCAAUCCAAGGAUGAAGGGGGAGAGGAAGAGGAAGAGGAAGAAGGGUUUGUAGAUGUCGAAGCAGGGGAGGGCGACGAGGAAAGCGAGGAUGGGUCCGAAGGCAACGACGAAGGCGUGAGCGAGCCGGAGGGCGCCGAAAGAGCCAAGAGUGGUGCGAUUGAAGAGGACGAUGAAGAUUAUGAACAUGUGCAAGUCGACGCCCUCGCGAGCUCGGGCCCCAGUGCCGAUAGUAGGCAGCGUGCCUCAUCGAGCGGUGCAAUGAAGGACUGGAGGACCGCGGAAUCCUUGACGACCCCAACUACGGACAGCGUCUCAGAGGCCGCUCCAGGCGCGCACACCGGCGCUGGCUCGCGUGGGACGGCCGAUGUUGCCGCGACUCCCGAUCCGAGCAUCCCUGCGAACAGUGCAAGCACUCAAGUCCGCACGACAAUGGAUCCGCCCACGCACGCGCCUGCCCAUGUUCUGCAAACCGCUGUUCCAACUACAUCUGGCACUGGAACCGCGAAUGCACAUGCAAGUGGCUCCUCAAACGCCCCGCGGAGUGUCCCUUCGGAAGCGCUGGCAAGCGCUUCAUCGGGUAAGCCAAUCGACGCAGCGUCAGGCUCUUCAUUUACCCCCGCUGGCCAUCCACCGGAGGAAUCUGACACCUCCAGUGUCUUGCAAGAAUGCAUCGCAGUCACUAGCGAAGGAGGCGAAGGUAAAUUGGUUCUGACGACCGAUUUAUCACGGGCUUUGCCAAGCGACGAAGCCGGGCGACAGCGCAUCCUGAAGAUCAUCGAGGAUCCAGGAAAGCACGAGGGAGCUUUGAACCUGGCGUCCCAGCCUAUUGAUACGCUGGUAUAUAAUCCCACACGUGGCGUGCGCCAAGUCACCACCACCAAGAAUAGAUCUCGGGCGGCUCUUCUCUUCAUGGCCGGUAUUAUUACCCACAACGGCUUGCAACGGCGUGAGGGGGACAGCGAAAAGAACUUCGCGAAGCAAGUGUGCCUCGCGCCUUUCAAGGACAACUUUGCUCGGGUAUUGGCGACAUGUAGGCGUGUACUGGGCAAGAAGUACAUAUUUAUGGGCAGCUACCGCACGGGAGUCUCAUUCUCUUCAGGUCGUCAUAAUACCUCUCGUACAGACAGGACGCCGGCGUUCAAUCCCGUUCUUGCGCGCAAUGCGGAAGUUCCUGUCUUCGACGCUCGUACCAAAUCCUUGAAGUGGAAAACAUGUCUGGUGAAACUGGAUCGCCUGCAGGAAAGCGACGUCAUCGUUGGCAUGCCCUGCAUAGUUCUCUUCACGCUUGGGAGAUAUUCCCUGACGAGCCGGAAGCCCGGAAUCAACCCGAAUACGGUGAAAGACGCGCUGUCUCUCAACUUACAGGGUGUCAUCGUCCUCCACGAUACCGAUCCAGCCAUCAGCGCCGACGCAGUCGGCAGUUUCCAACUUGACUAUACCGGUAUUCAACGUGACCCCAGUUUAUCCGCUGCCCAGGCGAUCCAGCAGCAACCCCUACAGGUUUUGCUCACACCAGGAGAAGUACAGGCUUCUGAGAUGGAUGACAAUGCCGACGACUCGGAUGUAUCUCUUUGA